CGGGUAAUGGACGAUAAACCUUAUCCAUAUCUCCCACUCGAAACAGAACAGAGAGGAGAACACACACACACACAAAAAUCCGAUGCUUCUCUCUCUCUGAAAAUCUCGUGAGGAUUUCGCGUAUUGGUUCAUGUCUGAUCUGAUUCAAUGGCUUCUGUAACAUGUCUCUUCAACCUCUCUGCUCAUCCCAGAUCCUCUUGCAAGCUUGAUGGAAGCGUAGAAAGACGGAGAGAAUGGAACGGUCAAGUUCCCAAGUCUCUUACUUGCAACAAGCGCUUAGAAAUAUCGCGUAUAGCACCAUUACAAGCAACAAUGAACAGUCCGAGAGGCUUUGGACCUCCUCCUAAGAAAACCAAGAAACCCAAAAAGUCAAAACCCGGAAACCAGAGUGAUGAUGAAGAAGACGACCAAGAGGAAGACGAUGAUGAAGAUGAACGUGAGAGAGGUGUGAUUCCAGAGAUAGUAACCAACAGAAUGAUAAGCAGAAUGGGAUUCACCGUUGGUUUACCACUCUUCGUUGGUCUUUGUUUCUUCCCACUCUUUUACUAUCUCAAAGUGGGAUUGAAAAUCGAUGUGCCUACAUGGGUUCCGUUUAUUGUUUCCUUCGUCUUCUUCGGUACGGCGUUAGCUGGUGUGAGCUACGGGAUUGUGUCGUCGAGUUGGGAUCCGUCGAGAGAAGGUUCCUUGUUAGGAUGGAACGAAGCUAAGAAGAAUUGGCCCGUCUUUUGGCAGUCCUUUUGGAAGAGAUAAGACAGAAAAACAAAAACAGCUUUGAUAAUUUCUUACAAGAAGAUACUUCAAGAGUACCUCUGUAGAUUUUCUAUAUAAUUUUCUUUAUGCAAUCUACGAUUCUGCCAA